ACAACGAUUAUGCCGUUUAGUUGCAUCAGUUGUUCAAUCGCGUUGCUGCUGCAAAGAGCAUAAUUUUUCGAUCGUUUACAUAAUGAGAGUUUGUCAGGUGAAGCAAAUGCUGUUGGAUGCGAGCACAGAGGAGCUGGAAGUGGCCAAUGAUUGCGUCCUGGAUGUGGCUCAACUGGAGGAGGCAGCCGAGCUGGCCGCAGCCCAAAAGGAUGCCGUGGAUUUGGAAUCACCCGGCCGUGCGCUAUUCCCCUGCAAGUCUCGCACACCUAACAGUCCGCCAUUCUUUCAAAACUGGAGCACUGUGGGAAUCGCAAUGUGCGUGUUUUACAAUUUUUGCAUUGUUCUGUUGUUGCUAAUUGGAUUCCUAAAAUUUAAGCAGGACAAAUGAAAUAAAAUGCGGCGA